UCCUGCAGCCUGCCGCAUCGACUGGCAAGUCACAUGCAGACACUGGUGGUCAAGUGCCUGACGAUGACAGCACUCCGCUAGGGAGGCUGUCCUCCCUCGAUCAUCUCGACCAUCGCAUGCUGCACGAGGAGCAGCAGGCGGCUCAGCCGUCGACAUGCAGUGACGAUGACGACGACGACUGCGUGUACGUGACCCCGAAGCAGGUGGUCCCCUCGUGGGAGGUGCUGAGAGCGAAUCUCAAGCUGCUGGCGGAUGUGAAGGAGGGAGACAAGCUCGUCAUCGCCGGCGACACCGUCCGCAUCGAUUCAGCUGGGAUGUUCGGGAGCGUCACGCGGUGGCUCUCGUCGCAAGGAAGGACGCAGACGCUCGCAUGGCUCUCAAGGUUUGCCAGCGACCUCUCGCGCUUCCAGUCGCUCUUACAAGCGGGUGUGGGGGUCUCGACCGACAACUUUGCAGAGACCAAGUUCCACAGCAGGACGCGCGAUGAGGUAGUGAACGACCUUCGCAAGGAGCUCACUCCGUGUAUCGACGGGCUGAAGAGACUGAGGAACACCUACAACGAGGACCGAUGGGCUGUGCAGAGGCUCGACAAAGUGAUCUCAGAUCUGUCGCAGCUCCAGUACGAGAUGCACCGUGCCAGAGGCGACAUCGUCGCCAUGAAUCAAGGUCCGAUGAUGAGGAUCAAGGGUGGAGGGCGAGAAGGAGCAUCGGGGAAGAGAGAAAUGCAGGGAGAGGCAGAAGGCAGCAAAGCGAAGAAGGCAAAGACAGCUGGGGGCUUCUUCUACGUGAAUCGCAAGCCUCCUCCUCACUAUGGCACGAAACCCAUCCCGACCGGGGACCCCGACUGUCUCAAAGGGAUGCAGUUCGUGAUAUCGGGGGUGCUGGACUCGCUGGAGCGAGAGGAGGCUGCGCAUCUGAUCCAAACUCAUGGGGGGAAGGUCGUGUCGGCGGUCAGCGGGAAGGUCACCCAUGCGCUAGUAGGGGAGGAGGCGGGAGAGACGAAGAUGAAGAAAAUCCGGGAGAUGGGAACGAUCAAGACUUUGACGGAAGACGAGCUCUUGAACCUGAUCAGCAGCUCUCGCAAAGGGCACACCAACCAGGUCAAGUUGAUCACCAACUGGUUGAAGGGAUUCCUCCCAGAGAGCAAGGGCUCGAACCAAGACGGGAAGCAGCAGAAUAUCAUCCUCAUGACAGGCCCUCCGGGUCUUGGAAAGACGACGAUCGCCCACGUCCUGGCCAAUUUCCUUGGCUUCGAGAUCGUCGAGAUUAACGCCUCCGAUGAUCGCAGCGCAGACGAGAUCGACCAGGUGCUGGGCGGGAUGAUGGGGAAUCAGCCGAUUACGAAUUUCUUCGCUCCUCGCGGGACUGCGGUGGUGAAGAAAUCAAAGCCUCUCCUCCUGAUCAUGGACGAGGUGGACGGAAUGACGUCGGGGGAAAAGGGAGGAGUCCAGAAACUGAUACAGCUGGCGACGUCGAAGCGUGACAGGCUCCCCAUCAUCUGCAUCUGCAACGAUGAGCAUGCCAAGGCGCUGAGGAUUCGCUUCUACCAUCUCAAGGGGAGGGAGGUGCUCCCAAGGUUGAAAGAGGUCUGCCGCCUUGAGCAAUUCAAGAACGUCGAAGACUCAGCCCUCCUCACCAUCGCCGAGAUCGCCAAUGGAGACUUGAGAACCAUGAUCAACAUCCUGCAGCUGGCCAGGAGCAGCAGCGACGUCCUGACGCUGGAGAUGGUAGACCCCAGCUGGAUGGUCCGGAAGAAGUACAUGGAAAUGGGCAAGACGCAUGAGAGUCUGACGGUCUUCACGCUCGCGGACUCGUUCUUCAAGGUGUUGGGGAUGUGGGGGAGAGGAUGUGGAGAACAUGGAGAGCUAUCGAUCGCCAAACAGGCCAAACGAAACGGCGCAGAUCUGUGGAUGUUUAUCGGGCUGGAGACGUGCGUCUUCCCUGGAUACUACCUGGAAGGAAAGCUGGAAGGAAGGAUGCGGUUUCCUACCAAGUUUGCGAGGCAAAGGGCGUUCGAGCGGGACAAAAAGAUGAAAUGUUGUUCCCCUCAGAAGGUCUGGGCGCCCAACGAGGUCGGACAGCAUGCCUCCCUUCUGACAUUUGCCCCAGUCAGAAGGCAUCGGAUCCCGGAGCUUGCGGCAUGGCUAGGACAUCCCAUGGAGAUGGCGGGUACCAACCAAACCCUCAUCAGCAUUGUCGCUCCGUUUGUCGUUGACUCGAUGGACGCGCACGGGCUGAUACUCGAGGACCUCGAGUUCAUCAUGCGCAUGGACGACCAUCCUCCCAACUACAACAGGUACCUCAACUUCUCCGCCCCAAUGAAGAGCGCGGUGGAGCAGAUCUACUACGAGAGGCACGGCAAACCUGGGAAGGAGAUCGUAAGGGUUGGAGGACAGAGAAAGCGCUCAAAGGACUCGCGGCUUUCAGCGGAGGAUUCUUCGAGCCUGCGGAGCAAGCAAGAAGCUUCGCUGGAAUCGUCCAAGUCGGAGGAGGACGAGGAGGCAGGGGAGGACAACGAGGAGGAGGACAGCCUUGCCAGGCUGCGAGAAGCGAUCGCGGAGGAGACUCGCGAUCUGGGCUGA